GCGUUACCGACUUUUCACCCGCGAUCCAUCUCUCACCAUGGAUAUCCCACCGGGCUUCAGCCUUGACCCCAUCAGGAGCGGCGCUAUAAACUACCCUGGCCGCACAGCCUGCUGUGAUACCACAACAUUGGAGUGCUGGACCUACGCCGACCUCGAUGGCGACGUCUCGGCCGCAGCGGCGCAUCUCGCCGAAGAGGGAGUGCGAGCUGGCGACCGCGUGGCGGUCCUGGCGCCCAACAGCGUCUACCUGGUCAUCCUCCAGCACGCCCUCAUGAGGCUCGGCGCCAUCUUCGUGCCGCUCAACUGGCGCCUCUCUCUGCCGGAGCUCGCGGGGCUCCUAGCAGACUGCUCGCCAGCGUUACUCUACACUCACAGCUCCCACGGGAGCGGCGGCAACGCUGGCACAUCGGGCUCCAUCUUGACGACCGAGACGGCGCCGCCGCCUGGUAGAUGCCGCCACCUCGACUGGACGCAGACGUUCGUCGACGCCCUCCAAAACGCAAGGAAGUCUCCACUAGAACCGAUCACGCCGCGCGCCGUCUCCGCCGACGCCGCGGCCACGAUCCUCUACACGUCGGGCACGUCGGGCAGGCCCAAGGGCGUCGUCCUGACGCGGCGCAACAUGGCGGCCACGGGCCUCAACUUCUCGGCCCUGGGCGCCGUCGACGGCGCGUCGUUGCUGCUGUGCGACGCGCCCAUGUUCCACGUCAUCGGCCUCGUCGUCGCCGUGUGGGCGCCCCUGGCCAGCGGCGCCGCCUUCGUCGUCUCACCCCGCUUCGACCCGGCCGCCACCAACGACCGGCUGGCGUCGGGCGUCACGCACUACUUUUGCGUCCCGCAGAUGGCCGACGCGCUGGCGCGCGCGCCAAACUUUAGGCCCGAAGGCUGGACGCGGCUGCGGGCGCUGUUCACGGGAGGCGCGCCCAACCCGCCCGCGCGCGUGCGCGGGUGGCUCGGCCGCGGCGUGCUCAUGGCCGACGGCUACGGCACCACCGAGACGGGCACCGCGCUCGGCAUGCCGCCGCUGUCGCCCGCCGCCGUGGCCGCCAAGGCGGGCUCCGUGGGCCGGCAGCCGCCGCUGGCCCGCGUCGAGAUCCUGGACGAGCUCGGAAGCCCCGUGGGCGUCGGCGAGGCGGGCGAGGUCGCCGUCGCGGGGCCGAGCGUGUCGCCCGGGUACUGGGGAGGGGUGGCCGAGGACGGGCGGGCCAGGCUGCUGUCGCUGGACGGCUCGGGCGCGACGGCGACUGCUCUAGUGGACGGUGAGGGGGGAUACCCCUGGUACCGCACGGGCGACGUUGGGCGCCGCGACGAGGACGGGUUCGUGUACAUUAUGGACCGUCGCAAGGACGUCUUCAUCUCAGGAGGCGAGAACGUUUACCCUGCCGAGGUCGAGGCGGCCCUCGCGACGCACCCCAAAGUCGCCGAGGUCGCCGUCAUAGGUGUCCCUGAUGCCCGAUGGGGCGAGGUCGGUCGCGCUUACAUUGUGCUCGCGCAGCAGGAGGAGGGACAAGCUGGGAAUGGUGCCUCGCAGCAUCCAGACGAAACGGCCGCCAGCGCCCACUUGGUCGAGCACUGUCGCAGCUUGAUCGGAGGUUACAAGAUACCCAAGCAGUUCCGCUUCGUGCACGGGCUGCCCCGGACGGGGUCUGGCAAGGUCAUGAAGCACGUCCUGAAGGCGGAGGCGGCCUCCGAGACGGACCGAGGCCCGUGAUGGAGAGGAGGAGAAGGAGGCUUAGAGUUUAGAACAGACCUGGUAGAGACCCGGCCAGGGACUGCCCCUUGGACCUGCGGUCCGAAGUCUAUCCCGGCCGCCGCGGACCUUGGCCCGCCUUGGCCGCACAAAAAAGACAAGACAGCCAAGAGUCUAUAAUGACGAGGGGGCCCUUUGUACUUAGUUAUAUGGAUCAUCCUUGGCGCUCCUGACAAAGCAGGAAACAGAUUGCCAAGAAAUUGAAAGCGGUGGAC